UCUUUUGAGAAAUAUCUCAGAUUCUUGGGCUGCCUCUUUAUUCCAGCUUGUCAAUGUCCCCAUUUCCAUUGACUUAACUGGUGGAAUUCAUUUCUUCUUAAAUUCUUUAGCUAUAUCAUUAGCCAGCAAUUAAUCUGCAUGGUUGCCUUUCUCAAAAAACUUCUGUUGGAUAAACUGCAAAGCUUUCUGCUUCGAUGAACUGGCUACUUGUUAAGGUGCCCAAAGUGUUCCUGCCCCCCUUGCACGAGCUGCCCCAGUGUGGGAUCCACCAGAAGUGAGCUUAGCACCCGCAUGACUCAUGCGAGGAGGGGGAGGAGGGGGGGGCUCUUGAAUUUCCUCUCCCUUGUGCAUAAACUCCGGUUUGUGGCCGGUGUCAGUUGGGGGGAGUUGUGGUUCGUCCCCCACCCGCAGCAGAUCUUGGCGCUUCCUCGGAAGAUGAGGAAGCGAGAGGCUGACCUUGAAGCUUGCUGAUGUCUGCUAGCAGGUAGCCAGGGACUACCUGAGGAUGGACCCAAAGCUUUCCCGGGAAAGGGAGGAAGGACUGGAAUCCAAAUACCUGCUCAUACAGGAGCAAUGCUCUUUGGCAUCUGUAGCGCGCUCUUGAAUAUUCAGAGCAUUUGGCGUGUCUCAUCUUGUGGCAAUCCUCCUUCCAGCAGCCACCCUGUCGCAGCCGCCCGCAGUGGCAGCCGUCGCGAAGAGUGCCCCCCUUCUCUGCUGAACGACAACGACGGAGGCGACUUCUCCCUCUCUGGGCCAACGGCAGGAGUUUGCGAAAUUUCCUGCUGGCUGCUGGAGCCGGACGGGAGCGCCUCGCUUGCUCUCGGCUCCCCCCACUUCCUGGCUCCCCGGCAGGUGAUGCGGGCGCUCUCUGGCCAGGCGUGAUGGCGUCGGCGACCCUGUGGCUCUUCAGCCUGGCCUGGGUGGCAGCCGGGCAGGCCAGCGCGGGAGGCUCCCUGCUGGGAGCGUGGGACGCCGCCGACACCCCUGGAUCCGCCCUGCACGUGGAGCCCUCCGGCAGCAGGGUCCAGGCCUCGGGCCCAGACGUGGAUUGCAAGGAGGUGGGGAAGCAGAACAGCACCCAGCGCUGCUCCUUCAUCCAGAACAACCCCGACUGCCGGAUGGACGGCGGCUUCCUCAACUACCUCAACGGGGUCUUCUGCGUCUUCCCAGCAGCUCUGCAGCCCCUGGUGGUGACGCUCUAUGCGCUGUGGCUGCUCUACCUGUUUGUCAUUCUGGGCGUCACGGCGGAGAAAUUCUUCUGCCCCAACUUAUCCGCCAUCUCCACCACGCUGAAGCUGGCCCACAACGUCGCAGGUGUCACCUUCCUGGCCUUUGGGAACGGCGCGCCGGACGUCUUCAGUGCCGUGGUGGCCUUCUCCGACCCACGGACUGCUGGCCUGGCCAUCGGAGCCCUCUUUGGUGCCGGGAUCUUCGUCACGACCAUUGUGGCUGGCGGUAUAGCCCUGGUGAGGCCUUUCACGGCUGCCUCCAGGCCCUUCCUCCGGGACGCCGUCUUCUACAUGGUGUCUGUGUUCUUGACCUUCGUGGCGCUCUAUUUUGAGAAGGUCUCUUUGGCGGAAGCCCUGAGUUACCUCUGCCUGUACAUCUUCUACGUGGCGACAGUCGUGGUCUCCACCUGGCUGCACAAGAGGCAGCGGAGAGAGAGGCUGGCGCCCCCCAGCCCGGCAGAGCCAGACCUUGGAACAGAUUCUGAAGACGGAGAUUCCUCCAGCGUGGACUACAGGGAAGAAUACCGCCCGCUGCUGCCCUCGCAGGAGGAGAGCACCCGGCAGCUCCUGGCCAGCGCCCUGAACCCCCUGGACCACCGGAAGUGGAGGAGGAAGCCCUGCUGCUGGCGGCUCCUCAAAGCCACCCAGCUGCCGGUGGAGUUGGUGCUGCUGCUGACGGUGCCGGUGGUGGACCCAGACCGGGAGGACCGCAACUGGAAGCGGCCCCUCAACUGCCUGCACCUGGCCACCGGGCCCCUGGUCUGCGUGCUGGCCCUCAAGUCUGGCUCCUACGGCUUCUACAAGAUCCAAGGGGCCUUCCCGGUCUGGGGUCUGGUGGUCCUGGGGGGGGCCGCCUUGGCCCUGGUCGUCUUCUGCAUGACGAGGAACGAGGAGCCACCCCGGUUUCACUUUGUCUUUGCCUUCUUGGGCUUCCUGGUCAGUGCCAUGUGGAUCAACGCGGCGGCCACCGAGGUGGUGAAUAUCUUGAGGACCCUGGGGGUGGUCUUCUCCCUCAGCAACACCGUCCUGGGGCUGACCUUGCUGGCCUGGGGCAACAGCAUUGGGGACAUGUUCUCGGACCUCACCAUGGCUCGGCAGGGAUACCCCCGGAUGGCCUUUUCGGCCUGCUUUGGAGGCAUCAUCUUCAACAUGCUUGUUGGCGUGGGUCUCGGCUGCCUGCUGCAGAUGACGAGCGGCAAGCUGGCCGUGAAGCUGGACCCGGCGGGCCUGCUGGUGUGGGUCCUGGCCGGGGCACUGGGGCUCAGCCUGGUCUUCUCCUUCCUCUCGGUGCCCGCCCAGCGCUUCCAGCUGGGGAGGGGCUACGGCUGCUGCCUCAUCGCCUACUACCUGGUCUUCCUGACGGUGGCCCUGCUCACCGAGUUCAGAGUCAUCCGGAUCUCCACCUUCUGACGAAGGCCUCUUGGGCAGCCCUACUGGAUCAGGCCCAAGGAGGCCCAUCUUGUGCCCCAGAGUGGCCUCCGAGGAGCCCCCAGGCGAGAGGGGAGGGGGGCAGGCCCUCUUUCCUGCUCAUGCUGCCGCCCCCCCCCCUUGGUCUUGUGGCCGCAGAACUGUGGUGGUGCUGAUGCAGGCUGGAUGUUACCACCACCCCCCUUGAUCCGCCUCCUGCCUUGCAACGGAGCGCCCAGCACUGCUGGCGAAUUCUGAACAGCCCUCGUCAUCGGAACCCGACUGCUGCUACUGCAGGGAGGCGGCCCAGCUCGGGUCUCGCAGGCACAGGCCCCCAGGGACCGCCCUCUGAGCAGCACCCUCUGGCCUGCGGGCAACCCCGGGGUGGGCAGACCAGAUGGGGGCCUGUGCCAGGAUCGGGGUGGGGGGUGGGGGGGUGUCCAGCCCCUGUCAGUCUUGACUCCUUGGAAGGAGAGGCAUUUCUUAGAUUCAGAAGAGUGAUUUUGUGUUGGCUUUUAAAUGAUUUUUAGGGGGCCACGUGGACAUUUUUACGGGGAGGGCUUUAGAUGCCCUCUUUAGAAGCUGCAGGUAGGCAGACGGAGGGAGGACUCGGGUUUUCCGUGCUGCUCGUCACAAGCCAGUUCCCCAAGAAACAAACUAUACAGACAAGAGAGAGCGCAUCAUCUUGCCUAAAAUGUGCUCAAGAUGCCAGCAGGCAAACACGCAUUGCCCUUGCUACGCAGAUUUUGUGGGUGGUGUGUAGUGCUUAGAAAAUGGAUUUGUCCAGCAGUGGGACGAAAGAAGGAUGUGUGAGUGCAUGUGCCAUGGGCAAGGAUGCAUCUGCCAGGCGUGUCUGAAGUCCCGGGAAAAGCCGCAUCAGCAUGGGGUCCGGCCGGGUUCCUACAAAGCUCAAAUGCAGCGUCUUUACCCGCUUGACUCGCUUACUGGGUCUGUAGCCCUCUGCUUCCCUGGCUGCCACCUGGGCACUCUCCAGACUAGACCCUGCAACGGGGUCAGGACGUCUCUUGGAAGUGGCCUCCACACCUCCUGCGUCAUGACACCGCAGCCCCUACACAGACAGCAGGGGGGCCGUUCACAUCUCCAAAUUUGCCUUGUUGCGAAUUUAAUCGCCGCAAUACAGAGCUAGGACGCCGUUUCCACGAGAUUCUGCUCCCCCCGUUGUUUACGUUCCAAAUGUGACUUGCCUGAACGGAGGCAUUUUGCUGCUGCUGAGCAGCUAGUCUGGAAAGAGCCCAGCACAGCUUGGCCGGGAAAUGCUGCUGCUUCUGCUUGCUUGUUCAACAGGGUCAGGGUGAAACUGCGGCUUGGAGGGGGAGAGCGUCUUGUGCAGCUUGGGAGAUGCGCUCUGUGGCCUCUCGCUUCCCAUUUUUGCGGGUGGGUUGUGAGGCUGCUUCUCGGCCCGAGCGAUGAUAAGGCAGGUUGCUUCCUCCGCCAGCCCUUGACCACACUCGGAGCGGUCCCAGGCUCCAGGCGUCUGGCUUGCUUCACCCUUCAGCCGGUGUGGCAGGAUGAGCCGGCCACAAGGCAGGCCGCCUGUGUCCUUGUUCCUCCAGAGGAAACCGACACCGGCCCUGGCAGAGUGUUGGGCAACCUUGUGCUGCUUGCAGGGGGCAGAUCCGGGCAUGUUCCGCUUUCGGCAGUCUGUGACCUGCAAGAGCCACUCCCGGCUGUCACAACAGAGCACUGACCAGCUGCUGCAAGCGGGUGGAUUCACGGAUGGGGAGAAGCAUGGCGGGAAGGGAGCUCUGGGUGCUGGGCUCCAAAAAAAAAACCCCCUCUCUUGGAUAAGUCGUAUGCAGAUUGGAUCUAUUCAAACCCAUUUGAGGAAACACGUCCUUCCACCACAGCCGGAUUCUGUCGCAUAGGAAGCGCCCGCUGCGGAGUCAGGCCCAAAGUCUGUCGCGUGCAGGAUGGCCCACCCUGACCGGCAGCCACUCUCCAGGGUGUCAGGUUUCCACAGAAGUGGUGCAGCUGGUUGGGCUUUUCAUUCUCCGAAGCGUUUGGACUACCCAGAAGUUGUAAAGGGUUGGCGUAUUUUCAGGGAGGAGGGUGCGCCAAGUGACAGCGAAACUUGUGGGGCAGGCUUGUUACCUGGUCUCUUCUCAUAAUAGAGCCCAAGUGGUGCAGUCAGGCAGGAGACUGGGGUUGACUGGCGGAUCUCUGGGUGACCUGCAGGAGGUCACCAACCCCGACGUGUUCCGGUAGCUAAACACUCAGGCGUCUGCGAAGGAGCCAGGUGCCAAAAUGAAGCCCGCUUUGGGGCACAACCGGCAGUGGGCCUUUGUGCAAAAGAACCACUGUCUCAGGUCUGGCACUCGAAACAGAGUUCUGGGCUUUGCGUAUGCUCAGAGGCACCCUCCUCCUCUUCUUCCUUGCCUUUAAAACAUAUAUGUGUGUGUGUCUCUCUCUCUCUGCAGAGCCAGCCUGCAACUUCCCAUUCUCUGGUGUCUGUAAGGAAGCUUCCCCAUGUCCUUGCUCUCCCACAAUCUACCUCACUAGGCUACGCAAGGGGCGUGCUAGCCCCCCCCCCGGGGCUCUUGGGAUAGGGUGGUGACAUUCUCAAGUUAAGUGCUGCUACGGGGCUAGUUAGUCCGUGAUGGCCGAUGCUGCGUCCCGGAGACGGCCAGAGAGGGUCUCCAAAACCUCUCGGUCUCCCGCAGCUAGAAAGCUGUGCUUGAGGGAUCUCCCAGAACUGCUUUCCAUGAAUGUUUACUGCUGGGUGGUUUGCACGUGGUGUGGUGGGGGGGGGGGGGAGGAAGGGGGUGUCUGUUUACUGGCUGCUGGAAGUCUUUGGACUGUGACCCUGAACUGGUGUGAGCUGUAACCCAGCGUCUGCCUUCGCCGCCCCACCCAGCGCUGGGAAGGGUCACUCAGGAAAUGGCUUUGGGGUGUUGUUUACUUGGUUUUCUGCAGGGAACCUCCAACAGCAUCAUUCGGACUGACUGCUGCUGCCGCCAGUGGAGCAUUUACAGCCAUCAUUUCUAGGCCGGCCUCCCCUUCCCUGUAAAAGCCUUUCUCGGCCUCGAAGCACACAACUGUGUCUGUCCUCCUAAUAAAGGCACCGUGCCGA